GUCUCCUAUCCGGAGGGGUUGAGAAGAGUGUAAGAAAGGAGUGAAGUUGAAGUAAGACACAAGAUGGUUCCUUGUCAACAGAGGGAUCCUGACAUGUUGCAAGAAGGUGGACGUAUUACUUUGGUUAUCAACUGCACAGCGCAAACAUCUUAGAAAAUAGGCGGCAUUGUGAGUGUGGCUGAGCGUUUUUUGGGAUUCAGGGACUUCUGCAGAGGCAUUACCUUACAAGGAAUACUGUCGAUGAAUGAACCGCCUCCCGUUACAGUAGGUGGCGGCAAUACACCAAUAGGUAUAGUCUGCCAUAAAACAUUGAAGAAGAAGAAGAAGAGCGGAAGCAAGGAUGCAUGACGCACGACGAAGCCUCUCUUGGCCCAGCAACACGCAUGCACUGUAACCAUAGAAACAGACCAUACUGUUAAUUAUUAUGGUUGUUCUAUACUGUGCUGUAUGUAGCCUGCCGCUAGCUGGUUAGGUAGCUAACAUUUUUUUGUGGGGGAAUUUGUCGUUGAUGCCACAAGUUAUGGUUGUACGAGUAGAAGAAGUUGCUGCAUCGCUUGUGCGGGAAUUUCUCAGUCGGAAGGGACUCAAGAGAACGAUUGCCUGCAUGGAUGAAGAGCAUCCCCGUACAGAUGCCAGCAUCAACAAUAGAUCCGAUCUGCGACAAAUUCUUCAUUUGGAAGGUCUAUAUAAAAAGAACAAGGCCCAAAACUGUCCCCUGAAAUCAAUGUUGGAAAUCAUUGUAAGACAUCACAUUGAAGGACAUAAAGAGGACAGGCCAGGCUUCAACAGUGACGUCAUCCAGACCGUAUCAACUACACAGAAGUUGGUGACAAAGUCUCCAAUAUUGACACCAACAGUGUAUGACCAAAGCAGGGCAGAAGAUAACACUACUGGAUUUAUUUUCAACAAAACUGACAUGUCAAGGUCACUUUCAGAGGUUGUCUGUCCACCUCAUGGUACAUUGUCAUCAUUUGAAGUGUCAGAUACUCCCCAGAGAAGUUUCUGGAGCCAUAGCCUUUCCUCAGAGGGCCAGCAGGACCGACAGCCUGUACCCUUCUCCCUAGACAAUGACAGCACCGCUAAAAGGGAGUCCUUUUCAGACAAAAACACAGUCGUCACCACAGAGAGUACUCAUAAGAACAAAACAAGUCGCCUCAGACGAGGCAUGAUGGCAGGUCCCAUAGCUAGUUCCCCCCAGGAAUCGAAUAGAAAACGUCAGACUCGACGGUUGGGAGGCCCUAAUCUUCUCCUGGCAAAUAAUGAAAACCACAAAAACAUCAGUGAUGGGCCUCUGUUGACUACUGUCCAGUCACAGAGAAUGGUUAAAGGGUUGACAGAGCUCUCCACUGCUGACCCUGUGAGAGAAAGCCAACAGACGCGGCGCAGCACACUGGGAAAAGGAUUUGAUGAAGAUGGCUAUGGGUUUGAGAGAGUAGGAAAAGACAAGCACAAGACCAGCAGAACAAAGUCAAUGACCAAUCAAAAUGUUGAUCUGGACAUGUCGGAGAUGAUUUUGGAUGACAUUGAUGAUGAUGAGGAGUUGCGUGAGCUCUCCAGAGUGUCCUGCCACUCCUCCAGUUUGCCUCCAACCACUUCUGAUAGUCAACCCAUGGACCAGCAUACUGCCAUUGCCCUGAAAGAGCUCAUCCUUGGCUCCAGCACCAGUUGUUUCAGUGCCGAGUGGAGGAGUCAGAGUUUCACUUUCUCCGAUGCACCUGAUCUGAGAUAUGGGCUGGUUCAGAAGAAGGGUGGUCCUUGUGGAGUUCUGGCUUCAGUCCAGGCUUGUAUUCUGCAGAAACUUCUAUUUGAGGGGACCGGCAGCGACGCAGGGCACCAAAAAUUAAGACCCUCUGGUGCUGUGAGAACAAAGUGCCUCACUUUAGCCACUGCUGAGAUCCUGUGGAGGGCUGGGGAGGGGAAAAAAGCCACCAUCGCCAUAACAUCAGGAAGAAAUCAUUUCACCCCUAUAGGACACCAUAGAUCUGAAGGAGUACUAGAAAAGAUGACAUGUAUUGAUGUUGACAAUCUAAAGGACCUUCAGUUGCUUGUGGAACAGCAUAUUCAACAGUUUGAGUCGGGAGCCUUAGGGUGUAUAUUGCUCACCAUCUCUGCUAUUCUCUCCAGAUCUAUUGACCGGGUUAGAGAGGAUAUGGAUGUCCCCAACACCACACUCAUCGGAGCCCAUGGCUACUGCACACAGGAGCUUGUCAAUUUAUUGCUGUGUGGACAGGCUGUGUCCAAUGUCUUCAACAACAAUAUGGAGCUGGAUUCAGGCAAUGGAAACCUGACCCUUCUCAAGGGAAUAAGAUGUCGCAGUGACAUUGGACUGCUGUCCUUAUUUGAACAUUAUAAUAUAUGCAAGGUUGGCUCCAACCUGAAGACUCCCAAGUUCCCUAUCUGGGUGGUGUGCAGCGAGAGCCAUUUCAGCGUGCUCUUUGGUGUGCAGGAGCUGCUGAGUGACCAGUGUGUGAUCGGGGAGUUUGACCUGUACUACUACGACGGCCUAGCCAACCAGCAGGAGGAAAUCUGCCUAACUGUCUUUGUAGGUACCUCAGGAAUAUCUGCUGGCUGCCAAGGUGUGGACACCGAUCUCAUUCCUCCUCUUGAACACUGUAUACGGACCAAAUGGAAAGAUGCCAUUGUCAAUUGGAAUGACACCGAGCCCAUACUUUGACUGGCUAGUGGAUAGAAGGUGAUGACUGUAGAAGAGACUGGGCCUACCCCAUGGCUGAAGACACAAAAUAUACUGCUUUCUUAUUGCAAAAUAUGCAAUUUAGCAAACACGUUUAUCCAAAGCGACUUAUAGCAGCCAUGCAUGCAUUACAGAUUAAAUAGAUUUACUUACAAUAGCUGUGCAUGGGUAAAAUCACUGGGGAAGCCAAGCCCCCCCCCCCCCCCCCCCCCCAAAGCCAUAUUACAACUUACUGUGUGUGUUGUGAUAACUGCGUUGUUUGCUCUAGAACCUGUUAGUUCAUAUGCCUUGCCACUGUGAUAUAUAGGCCUAAGGACGAGACAGUAAGAAGACAUAGUGGCAGAAUAAAUUCAACCACACCUUUGUUUAGUCACAAAACCGGAGAGAAACCUCUGUCUGGUGAAGUCCACAAAUCAUAUUGCAUGUAGCAAACAGUUAUAUGACCUACAGCAUAAUCAAGCAAGUUAAUGUUUCUGACAUUUUACUAAACAACUAUUGAUUUAGAACCACAGAGAGUUAACAUAAGGAGCUGCCUCCACUAUUCCAGGCACCAUUUCUACUUCAACAUUUCAACAUCAUCAACUCAAAUCCCCUAUGCUUGGUCUAAUACAGUGACAACUAAAAGAUACCAAAAACGAUUUGGUCCAAUCAACGUAAGCUAAAUGUGAUGUGGCUGUCCAUGGUUCUGCUUUGUCUCUCUGUGUGUGUGCGCAUUCGUGCAAGUAGAAUUAACAUGUUGACUCACCCUACUUGUAGAGAAACGCCAAUGCCAUCAUCUCCUUUCAUGUCGAUGAAAUGGUCUAUGACUCUGUCAUUCAGUACACACUUUUAGUUUUUGCUGUCCUAGGCUACCUGGCUAAAAUGCUUGCUAGCUAGCUUAACUUACUUUCAUGGGCAACAAUGCGCCAGGCCAGCUAGUUAACAUUAGUCUACUACGUCUAGCUACAUAUUGAACUUCCAUCAUCUCAGGCCAGGGGCACAAUGUAUGAAUUAAUGGUUGGAUCAUUAUCACCAUUAUAAUCAUUGGCCCGUACGGAGAAUUAAAGCUGCAUUGUAUAACUUUUUGGGCAUCCCAACCAAAUUCA